AUGCAUUUCCUCCCAUUCAUUUUCUGUAUUCCUCUAGUCUUCGGAGCUCCAACAAAGGAGAACGCUCUCAACAAGAUUCUGAUCGAGGAGAAUCCGGAUACAGCGGGGAAUCGAGAGAAGAUUCGUGGAAUUAUCAAUAAGGCAUUCGCUAAUCGCAUACCGAGAGUUCAAGGGAGACAAGGAGUUGCUCCGCCAGUGAAGUUGGCUGCUCUCAACUAUGGUCCAAAGAACAAUCAAACCCAUCGUUUCGAAGAGCUUAAUUCAGAAAUCAAUGAAUAUACAUUUGAAUCGGACAUAAUGCUCAAUGAAAAACAAGCGAACAACCUAGCCAACUCCAUCGAAAACGGACACUACCGAGCAAAAAGACAGGCGAUUGUGGACACAACUUUGUUCUGGAAUGUUUCUGUUCCGAUCGCUUAUCAAUUCGAUUCAAAACUUUCCGCUAACAACAUAGCCAACGUUCGAAAAGCAAUUCAAUUCUGGAAUGAUAACAGCUGUUUGAGUUUCAACGAGGACAACAAUGCCAACAACCGACUGUUUAUGUCGAGCGCCGGAGGAUGUUGGUCGUAUGUCGGAAAGCAAGUUGACAUGCCAUACCAGGUGGUUUCAGUUGGUCCAAACUGUGAUACGCUAGGAACAGCGACUCACGAACUGAUGCAUGCACUCGGUUUCUGGCAUCAACAGUCUCGUUCCGAUCGUGACGAUUACGUCUACGUGGAUUUCAGUAAUAUCAUUCCAAGUCAAGCAUAUAAUUUCCAAAAGAUGCCAUUAGAUCAGGCCCAACUUUUGAAUCUGAAAUAUGAUUAUGGAAGUGUUAUGCAGUAUUAUCCAUAUGCGUUCGCUCUUGACUCCUCGAAAUACACAAUUCUUGCAAAGGAGAGCGGAUUCCAGAAUAGUAUGGGACAACGAGAAGCUCCAGCAUUUUCAGAUUUAGUGGCAAUAAACAAGUUGUACAAUUGUGACAAAAAAUGCACGAAACAAAUGACUUGUUCAAACUGUGGAUUCACUGACUCUCGGAACUGUAAUCAGUGUAAAUGCCCUCGUUAUUUCUCCGGUCCAACUUGUGAUGCUCUGCCAUCUGGAAGUGCUGCAAAUUGUAAUGGGGAAGUGCUUCAGGCCUCAUCCACGUGGCAAACGUUCGACGCUAAAGCUGGUGACCCGAACAGUUACACUUCUUCCACUACCAACUCCACUAAUUGCUUCUGGCAUAUCAAGGCUCCAGCUGGUCAAAAAGUUGAGUUCAAGAUGACAAAAUCUCCAAUGGCAGCUAUUUGUAUGCAAGAGUGUCCAUGGCAAGCGCUUGAAAUCAACAUGGGAAAGUUCGAUUUGUAUGGAAUGAUCACUUGCUGCGACACAAUUCUUAAUCAAGUUUUCACUUCGGAACAGAAUAUGGUGGCUCUUCGUGGAGUCAUCAAAUACAAUCAGUUGACAUUCAGUAUUCAAUACCGUGCGGUGCCAAGUCAAGGAAUUGCAACCACCAAUGUCUGUGUCUCCAGAUAA